GUGACGUAUUUCCUGGUUACAGUUGUCAAGUUUACAUUUUUAACACUAAUAAUAAAUUAGGUGAUUUUCUUCAAUUUCUGCAGGAAAUCUCAAGGAAUAAACAUGGCUGCGACUGGCAGUAUUUAUGAUUUAAUACCUCAACAAGAGGUUAGACAGCCUAAGCAACCAAGGUAUAUUUCAAAGUUCAGAGAGCCUGUGAAAGAAAACUAUUUCACAUACAAGGGAGACCACAAAACAAUGGGUCAGGCUAAAGUCCCUGUACCCACAACAGAUAACUUUCUUAAGAAGCAUUCAAAAGAACCUCAAUUACCAGAUAAAACUGAAUUCAAAUAUCCUGAUGAAAGCAGAAGGCGUCCACAUGUUCCUCAAAAGGAUGAUAAGCCACUUAUGGGGUUGAAGACAACAAAAAAUUUCAUUACAACAAAUGCAGUUCAAAAUAUCACAUCAGUACCAAAGAAACCAGAAAAGAUUUAUGUGGAUACGAAGAAAGGUGACAAAAAUCUUCUAGACCCAUCAGGACUGGAACCAAAAUUUAUUCACAAAAAGGAAUACGGAUCCACUCCGCAGUAUCUCACCCGUCGUCAGGAAGAAAUGAAACGCGCUCAAGAGGAAUACAAUGCUUACGUGGCGGAACAUUUCCGACGGGGCGCCAUGCAACAGCUGACAGCGGACGAACGAGACAGUAUCUUGAGAGGUCUUAAACAGAACUGGGAGGAAAUUCACGAUCAAUAUCAAGGUUUGUCUGUUGUCACGGAUACGGCACCAAAAAAGAACAGGAAAGAGAGAAUGGAAGCUGAAAUGAAACAACUUGAAAGGGACAUUGAAUCAAUACAGAAACAUCACGUUAUCUACAUUGCAAACUAAAAAAAUUUAUUUCGAACUAUGGAUGUGCAAAUUUCGAACAUUUUCAAAAAGAAUACUUUCAGUUUUAACUUUUAAAAGUUUCAAAUAAAUAAUGAAGAACAAAG